CACAUGGUCAAUCGUGAUUCUUGAACACAGCCUCUACUUGAUCACUUUCUCUCGAAGCCCCGCCGCCGUUUGCAGCUGCCCCGCAUCCAGUUACGUCUAUCCGCAGUAGCAGCAACUUCAGCUCAGAGCUUCUUCCACCCGCCGUAGUCACCACACCCGCUCCUGCCGUCACUGUAGCCUCCACCCUCAGCUGCGCAAGCUCGGACUGAGCUUCCCCGUCCCUGCGCCUCGCUUUCCACGUGCCAUUGCUUCGUCGCGAAGCUCCUGCCAUUGAUGCUCGCAGCCAUGCCUCCGUCGCGCGCAGCACCGCUGACGAGCUCCUUCUCCGUCAGCGAUGAGAACAAUGUCGUAGUGUGCCCGCUGCGAAACCACGACAGCUCAGCCUGUCGCAAGCGCUGCACCGGGGAGAAGCGUUUUCGGUCCAUGCAGGAGCACAUCCGCCGCGCCCAUCCUGAGCAUUACAUCUCCAAGUUGCCGGCGACUGAGGAGAGCUUCAUGCUUAUGGUCAACACACCACCGCAAGAAAGACCCCCACCUCCACCUGCGACGACCUCAGCACCGCCCCAGCAGACGUACGACUAUGGCGGAAGCGAACACAACUCCUUCUUCGAGACCGACUUCGGGACGAAUCAUCUUCGCACAUCGGACGAAAUGCGCCGGCCGUCACUCUUACCCGCCGCGACUGCAGCGGCUGCCCUGGCCUCGUUACACAACCAUCGUGCCGAGUACGACUGGGACUCAGAUCCGGAUGCAGCAUCCGAUCCCGAUUCAAAGAACUACAGGCCUCGCGCACGAUUUGCUCCGACCACCAUAGAACAACACAUCAACGCCGAAGAACCUUACUAUACUUCUACUUCCAUACAGCAAGAGCUGCUCCCUUCCUCCCUCGCCCGAUCGCCUCCCGGGCGCUCCUCCACCCUCCCUCCCGGCGCUCACUCUCUCAAACCGAACAGACCCCGCAAGUCAUCCGUAGGACAGAAUGCUCGCAAGGGCAAACACGAGCGGCAGAAGUCCAAGGACUAUUCGCGCAGGCUGAGCUACGACAGGAAGGCAUACUCGGCUGAGCCGGCAACCGCUGCGGCCAUUAUGGGUAAACGGUGGGAAGACUUGAUUGAUGCUGCUGCUUCAGCCACAGAAGAGGAUAGUCGAGAUCUCACGCCGGUGCCACAGUCGCCAAACCAAUCUCCUCACAUGAUGAACAACAGAACCUCUCUGCCUCCCUUCAACUUUGCUUCACAACUUCAGUCAUACACGGCAUCACCUUUGAACAACGCUCUGACGCCUCCACCUCCGGAUAUGUCGGACCUUCAGCCUUUCCCUUCCGUCGAGUCUUCCAUUGAAUCAGCCAUGUCCGGCCAAAACUUCCACAUGCAUUCCCAAGGUCUAUCCGAUUCUUCUCCUAGCUCUCUUUUCCCUGUCCAGAUCUACUGCGCUGCAUGUCGGAAAUUGUCGAUAUUGCGCGACAGCUAUGCAUGCUCAGAAUGCAUUUGCGGUCUGUGUCAAGAGUGCGUAGAUGUACUUGUCAGUGAGCACAACCGCGGCCGUGCGCCGACAUGUCCGCGGUGCAGCACUAUUGGAGCCAAGUUCAAACCCUUCCAGCUGGAUAUAAGAUGAAGCAAGGUUAACCAUGGCGUUUUGGGUAUUACAUCAUAAACUGGCGUUUGUUUUUGCGUACCCCAUACUUUCCCUCGGCCUCGUGCCUAUUUCCGGCUUGCUAGCUCCACGAGCCACAUGGGCGUUCACACGGUCUGUUUUGCGUGGCCUGUUCGGAAAAGACUGCUCGAAAAGCAAGUCGGAGUUUUGAUUUGGGUGUUACGAGGGACUCAACCGGGCCUCCUUCCCUCACAAAGAGAUCGCAGAGAUAGACUCGCCUGCGAAUACAAU